AAAUGGUUUGCAGCCUGGCUGCUGCCUGUGUAUCCCCCUUGGCCGUGGAGGGCUCUUGAAACAACACACUGCUUUCCAAAGCAAUGCCUCCAGAGCCUCUUCUCCCAGAGGCCUAAGGAAAUGGCACCUUGGAAGCACCCUACACCAGGUGCUGGGGGGGGGGAUUUGCACUGGGCACUGCAGGGCUCAGCGUGCUGCAGUCUGCACUGCUGUAUGUGGUGAGAAUCCUCUUCCAAUGUGUCCCUCUCCUCUUUGCCUGCAGGCAUUGUGAAAAACACCCAGAAAAACAGGUGCCUGAGCACUCUAGAAGUGGUUUUAAUGCAUUAAUGCCUUUUAGGCAGAUAAUAAAUCUUCUCCCAGGUCUGCGUCCACUCCAGGCACUGAUGUGGCACAGCUUUUUGCUGCACCAUUAAAGGCAAAGAUAUGCUAAAAAAGACCUGCAAAGAGCAUUUUCUUGGGCACUCAUGAGCAGACUCUGGUUUGCUUUCCUGGCUCUGGGUCUCUGCGGCCCCUGGGGCUCUAGUGGUCCCUCUACUUGGCUGGCACCGGGGUCACUGGGAACAAAUGGGUUUGGGAGGAGCAUGUGCAUCUUCACCUCCUUCUGGCUCAAUCUGGCCCUUGGUAUUGGAAAAAAAAAAAAAAAAAGAAAAGAAAAAGAAAAAGAAAACACAAACCAGCAAAAAAGCAACAAGAAGGGCUUUUAUUGUGAAAAAGAGACUUUUCAAAUGCCUGUUCCCCCCUUCCCAGCCUCUCCACUCCCCUCCUCACAGGGAGGUGGGUCUGGGAUGAGGCAGAGUUUGAAAACUCUCAGCUGAAGUUUGAAGGGUGUCCUCCCGCCCAGGGGGAAGCGGAGGCACCCGCUGAGCGUGUGGUGACAGGAGCCCAGCAGCGCCCGCAAUGCGGAGCCGGGCAGCAGGGACUGUGGAGAGCCCGGAGGGGCACCCCUGGGUGCCAGCCGCCGGCUGUGAUUAAUGGCCUGCGGAGAAGAAGCAGGCUGAUUAGUUGCUGGAUUUUUUUUAAUUGCUAUUUAAUUUUUUUUGGUGUUCUGUGUGGGUUCCUGGGGUCGUAUGGAAGGACCGGAGGCGGCCGGAGCGGCGGAGGAGGUGGCCGUGUGCCGUGUCGCGCACAGGCGGUGAAGCACACGAGGAGGAGCGCGCCGGCGGCUGCUGCCAGACAUGGCGCAGCGACCGUGGCGAAGGACGGGGAUGAAGCCCCCAGCCCCGGCGGCUGUAGGGGCGCUGCUGGCCCUGGCCCUGCUGGCCCUCAUCCACCUGCCCCCACCACCGGACCACUCCCUGCUGCUGCUGCCGGCCUCGUCCUCCCCGAGGGAGGUGGCUGUCCCUCUGUCUGGAGGACAAGCCCACAGGGGAGGGCUCCCAAUGUCCCGCACUCGCCUGCGGCGGGAGCAGGCCCCUGGCCGGAGCAGGAAGCGGCGGGGGGUGGAGAGGGACACUCCCCCGUGGCUCUCUGCUGACGACCUCCAGAAGAUGUGGCUGCUGUCCAGGGGGCAGGUGGUCUCCAAAAGCCGAGUCCCUGCCCACGGGCAGGUCAUGCGAGUGGGGCUGCGUGCCGUGGGGGAUGCCAGGGGAGAUGCCAAGGGGGAUGUCUCGCCAGCCAGCCCAGAAGGAGACUGCCAGGAUGGGCGCUGUGGGCUCAUCAAGCGCCCCGGGGACCUGUACGAGGUGCUGGCCUUCCACCUGGACAGGGUGCUGGGGCUGAACCGCAGCCUGCCCGCCGUGGCACGGCGCUUCUCCAGCCACCUCCUGCCCUACAGCUACACCAGCGGCGCCCCGCGCCCCGUCAUCUGGUGGGCUCCUGACCUCCAGCACCUGGAGGAUGCCAACAAUGACCAGAACUCCUGUGCCCUGGGAUGGCUGCAGUACCAGCAGAUGCUGCAGCCCCACAGACCGAUGCCGGUGGCCGGGGACGCUCCUUGCUCCAGCAUCCCACACAGCGAGUGGAGCCGCCUGGCCCUCUUUGACUUUCUUCUCCAGGUUCAUGAUCGUCUGGACCGCUACUGCUGUGGGUUUCAGCCUGAUCCCUCUGAGCCCUGUGUGGAGGAGAUGCUCCACGAGAAGUGCCGGAACCCAGCAGAGCUGGUCCUGGUCCACAUCCUGGUCCGGAGGAGUGCGCCAUCCCGCCUGGUGUUUAUUGACAAUGCAGGCAGGCCACAGCACCCUGAGGAGAAGCUCAACUUCAGGCUCCUGCAAGGCAUAGACAGCUUCCCAGCGGCGGCGGUGGCCGCGCUGCGGUCAGGCAGAUUGCAGAGCCUGCUGCUGGAGUCCCUGCGCCUGGACCGGGAGCUCUGGGAGAGCCAGGGUGGCGCCGAGGGGCUGAGGCCCCUGCUCCGGACCAUCGACAGGCGGGCACAAAUCCUGCUGCGCCACAUCCAGGAGCACAACCUGACGGUGUUUGAGGACUCGCCGCGCUGAAGUGGCCUCGGGCUGGCUCACCUUGCACAUCCCAGCAGCCAUGGAUGUACCUCAUGCCCUUGGCAUGGACGUUAUGAGGUUGUGUGCUGGUGCUUGGCUCUCCACAAGGUGUUUCCCUUCAUCUCGUAGGAUGAUCUGGAGAAGCAGAUGGAAUCACAGGGAGUAGGAAGGAUGGGGAGGAGAUGUCUCCUAAGACAGCCCACAGCUGCUUGGAAAAGGCAACAGUCAUCAAGUUAUGGUCUCAGCAUGGAUUUUCAAAGGAAGGGCACGUCUGUGAGGUUUUUUGGGUGCCUUUACUCACACACACACAGACACACAGCAGCUAUGAAAACUGGAGGCUUGGACUGUUGAACAGCUGAAAGGGACCCUGGAAAGAGUUAAGCAGUGAAAGAACUCACUGGCAGCCUUUCCAUGGUUGUACUGGGCUUUUUGAUGAUGCCUUCACUAUUUCCAAAACAUCCUGGACAGAGAGUCGGGGGAAAAGCAGAAGGGAUCUUUCUAAGUGGAUUAAACAAAGACAAGACACUAGAGCUGAGGUCUGCCUUUCCCCCUGCAGAAGAGGUGAUGUGUGCCUGGGAGUGAGUGUGAGCCGCUGCCUGAAGCUGAGACUAGGCAGGACCUUGGAGCUCAGCACCACUGGGCAGCAGCUGCCCUCAGGUACCAUCCCCAGUGAGAGCCACGUGCCGUGUGCCAUGUGCCAUGUGCCAUGUGCCAUGUGCCAUGAUCCAUGCACGUGCCUUGGUGGGCCUGGGCUGCUGCCAGUGCUCUCAGUGUCAGAUUUGAAGAUUUAAAUCUCUAGUUCACUCUUUCCCUUCACUGUCAGGGAAAUAAAGGCAAAACUACCCCACUUCAGAAAGGCACUUCUGGCUGAUCUCUUGGGCAUGACUGCAUAACUCUUCCCCAGGCUUGCAGAAAUAUGUUUUAACAAAAAUGCCAGGCUAUUUUAGCAGAAGGCAGUCGAGCACAAAAUGCUUUCUGAACAUGCUGGCACCUCAGGCAGAGCCCAUCCUGUUCCUGCCACCCCUCAGGCUCUUGCCCAGCAGCCCACUCUGAUGAAGAACAGCAGCAUCUCAGUUAGGCAGGUCCUGCAGUGUCAGGGCUGAGAGAUAAUUCAAAAUCAAAAUGAACAGGAGGAAGAAAGGUGCAGGGAUGAGCUCCAUCAUUCCUCACAGUGUGUUUCCCAGCUGAGGCAUGCAGUCAGUGUUCGCCUGGAGCAGUCAGUUCCUGGCCUGUGGGUUUAUGGUUUGCCACCAGAAGGCUUUUUAAAGGCCUCCAUUUCUCCAGUGUUACCGGCAGAGCAUCCCUGCUUCAGGCACUCCACUUGUGCCUUUAGAAAGUCUCAGUGAGACUGGCACGAGUACCCAGCUGCACCAUGGUGCAGCUGUCCCAUUGCCAUAGCUUUGCAGAACACGGCCACCCAUGCAGUGGGAGAGGAAAAGCUGGGUAUGGAUACCUUCCCUGCUCCCUCCUUCUCAGCACAAUGUCAGUUUGAGAGCCUUCAAGGGGAUGCUUUAACACCCAUGCGGAUAAGCACAGGCAAUUACCUUUUUUCCCCUUUUCCCUCUUGCUGAAGAGAGGAUGAAGUGAGAUGUGGGUGACAUGAAUCAACAAGCAAGCACGAGUGCUCUCAGGAAGCAUCAGCACAGAGCAUCUCAGGCACAGCAGCAUCCAAAAUGCCAUCAGCUUGUUCCUGGAGUCCUGCCCUCCAAUUAGCCAGGGAGAGCCUUUCCCCCAGCACUCUCUCCACCCCGUGAAUUAUCACCCCGUUUGCUGUGCCAUGAGAUGGAUGACGGUCAUGGAAACCCUGCUAAAGCCUGAAUCAUGGGGAUUUAUUACUGUGAGGUGAGCUUAGCUUGUAAGCUUGAAAGAGAACAAAAUAACUCAUCCUGGGUCCUAUGAAAAGCCAUACUCAGGCAUGGCUGUGUAAGAGUAAAGGAUACUAAAUGAAACAUAAUUAAAUCCAGAAAAUUCACUGGGAAAAACUGUGAGGUAACAAGAGUGUAAGUUAUGAUGUGCAGCAUUAGUCAGGGUCUUGCUUUUUCUCAUUAAAGUGAGAAAUUUCAUUAAAGGAGAGGUUUUCUUCCCAUGUAAGCCAAGUUCUCAGUGGGAAUAAGAGACAGGUGGGGGCUCUGUGCAGUGGCCAAAGCUGUGGACAUUGCAGAGCUGGACCAGCAGCUUUUGCCUUGCCUAUGGUUGCAUCUGCUCGAUCUUAACAUUGCGCAGGGCAGUGGGGGUUUUUUGCAUUUCUUUGGUUGUAAUGUGAGUUUGCUGGCUAAACCCACAUGGGAACAUCUGUAAGCAGUUAUACACGUGAAUAAAAAUCCCUCAUGAUUUACCAAAGAGCCAUGUAUGGAUAAAUGAGAGAAGCAAAAGCCAAGAUCUUGCUGAGACUGAUCAUCAAUCUUCUCUAAUUAGUCCGUUUUUCCAUGGGCUUGCCGAUGUAGCCAGCACAGGCUCUGCACUGUGGUCACGGCUGUUCAGAUGAAUCCUGUGGACUGCUUGCGUCAGCCUUUACCACGCUGUGUUGGGUUUGGUUUGCUCCAGCUAUCAACGUGUCGCAUUUCCUAUCAUAAACUUACUUCCAUGGUUAUAACUACUGUAUAGUUAUAAAAAUUCAUGUGGGGCUCUGCUUGACAAACUAGGUUUCAACUGAGCAGGGAUGCUGUUUUUACAAAUUUUACUGCACAUUGUCCCAGAUUGUGCUGGGGUGUGGUCGCAAAAAAUAAUACAUGGUCCAAGCUGGCUGCAGGAUAGCUUUAAGAAAGCAGUAGCAACAGCUAAGAAAAAAAAAAGAAAAAGAAAAAGAAAAAGAAAAAAAAGAAAAAAAAAGAAAAAAAAAAAGCAAUGGAGAGACAAGGGCUUCUUGACUGGGAGGCAUGCCAGGCAUCCCUCCUGCUCACCCUUGGCACUGCGGGAAUGUGCUCCGAGAACAGCCUUUGGGACCACGGGCACGCACCUCCACGGAGCUCCACCAGGAGGGAGCUGCUUCAUUCCGCAGCAGUUCAAGCGACAGGAGCCAUGUUUAUAGGCUCUCUGGCUGUGCACAGCCUUUCAGCUGGCAGAAGACAGGGCUGGGGGUUGGAAGGCAGGGGCCAGAGCGGCUCUAACCUGCCCAGCACACGCACUCACACGUGCAAACGCGCACCAUGUCACUGCUCCUGCUCGGCCUGACCUUAACCCCCCAAAGCGGGUGAUCCCAGGGCACCCCCAGCAGCCUGCUCCAGGGCUUUGCUGGCCUCACCCUCCCUAAACUAAAUGCCCAUUUGCUGCAUUUAAGGGCCAUUUCCUUGAGCUGAACACAGGACACUGAGUAGUCUUUUCUGCAUCCCCGUAUGGACCUCGCAGAGCAGCCCCAGCACUCACUGAACACACCCAGUGGCCAGGGGUGACACCAAUGGGGUGACACUCGGGUGACGCUCAAGAUGAUGACCCACCCUUGUGCCUCCUUCCCCUUAAGGGUGGGUUGUCACAGGUGUCCCUCAGAGACCUCACAGGGUGCUCUGCAAAACCCACCCAAGCAUCCCCAUGCAGCACAGGGGAAGUGUAGGCUGACUGCUGCCUGAAAGGCAGGAGCAAGCAAAUAAAUCCAAAUUCAUUGUUAAAUCUCUGGAUAUAAAAAUAAUCUGGCUUUUAGAAAGCAAUUUAUUAAUGCUUUCAGUACUUACUUAAAUAUUUAUGCGAAAAAGGCGGAAAAAAGUCUGCUCUGACAUAGGGCUAUUGUUGUAGAAAUGGUCUUUGAGAUUAAUGGAAGUAAAUUAGCCUGAUGUUUUAUUUACAUCCAGAAAAGCAAUAGAUAAACUCUCCUUGUGAUGGAUUUUCUUCAUUAGCUGGGCGAACGCCUAAGGUACAGCUCUUGACGUUGUUUCUUCCAUGCGGUUAGACAAACAGUUUAUCAAAAGAGUAUAAAAUUGUCAGGAAAAGCAGCAGAUUAAUGGCCAAUAAAGUGAAGAUCAUUGAAUUUAUGAUAUAAGUAGCAGUAUCACUGGAGCUCAAGUAAUGGCUUAUUAGAUAACCACCAUGUACACACACAGGGAAGUGCUGAGCCCCCCCAGAUUUGCUGCAUUGUCGGCGGCUGGUUCCCAAAUCCCAGUGGGGUAGUCUCCACACUGAAGCUUCACCUCCCUCCUCCUUCCCUCCAAACCCCUUUAGGUCUGGGUUUAUUCUGUAACUCUGUCAUUUGAGCUUGUGAACAUAUGAUUUCCUCCCAAUUAAAAAC